UUCUGCCUGUCUCUUUGGUGCACUCUCCUUUGCUCCCGUACACAGCAAAAAUGACAAGUUACACAGAUAAAGGGCAGAAGCCUGACAGGGGCCGCUUCCUCCACUUCCACUCGUUGACGUUCUGGGUGGGCAACGCGAAGCAGGCUGCCUCGUUUUAUUGCAACAAAAUGGGGUUUGAAGAAUACGCCUACAGAGGUUUGGAAACGGGAAGCCGAGAAGUGGCGUCACAUGUGGUGAAGCAGGACAAAAUUAUAUUUGUCUUCUCCUCAGCUCUGAACCCUGGGAAUCAAGAAAUGGGGGAGCACCUGGUACACCAUGGUGACGGGGUCAAAGACAUCGCCUUUGAAGUGGAGGACUGCGAUUCCAUCGUGCAGAAAGCCAGAGAGCGUGGAGCCAAAGUGGUGAAGGAGCCCUGGAUAGAGGAAGACAAAUACGGGAAGGUGAAGUUUGCAGUUGUUCAAACGUAUGGAGACACCACCCACACACUCAUAGAGAAGAUGGACUACAAAGGACUGUUCCUUCCUGGGUUUGAGCCACCCCUCUUCAGGGACCCAGCCCUGAAACAUCUGCCGCCAGGAAAGCUGAAUUUCAUUGACCAUGUCGUGGGGAACCAGCCUGACCAAGAGAUGGUUCCUGUGGCCGAAUGGUACCAGAGAAACCUCAUGUUCCACCGGUUCUGGUCUGUGGAUGAUAAGCAACUGCACACGGCUUUCAGCGCUCUCCGGUCUAUUGUUGUGGCCAAUUAUGAAGAGACCAUUAAAAUGCCCAUUAAUGAGCCUGCAAUGGGGAAGAAGAAGUCUCAGAUCCAGGAGUAUGUUGAUUAUUACGGAGGCGCUGGAGUCCAGCACAUUGCUUUGAAUACCUCAGACAUCAUUUCUUCGAUCACAAACUUGAAAGGACGUGGCAUGGAGUUCAUGUCUGUUCCGUCUACCUACUACCAGAAACUUCGCGAGAGGCUGAAAUCGGCCAAGAUCAAAGUGAAGGAGAACAUUGAUAUACUGGAGGACCUCAAAAUCUUAGUUGAUUUUGAUGAGAAGGGGUACCUGCUCCAGAUAUUCACAAAGCCUGUCCAGGACAGACCAACGGUCUUCCUUGAGGUCAUACAGCGCCACAACCACCAGGGAUUUGGUGCUGGAAACUUCAAAUCUUUGUUUGAAGCUAUUGAAACAGACCAGGAUGCCCGGGGAAACCUCACCAUCCUGACACCCAAUGGAGAAUCAGAGGCCAUGUGAUGCGGAGCAGCAAAGGGGACAUAAAUACGGAAAGUGUAAUGGGCUUACAAAAGUGGGCAGAAGGACCUUUGCCCACCAUCAAAUGGUCUUUUCUUUUUGACUUGAAUAAAGAGAUUCAAAGCAA